UUAUGAAAGCAGCAUGAGACCCACUAGAGACAAGGUCAAGUUGUAUGUUGGCUCAACACGCGGAGAAUUGUCAGUGGCGCUUAGCUAAACUUCGAAAGGUGUAACGUUAUGCUACCAUGAGAACGAUUUGGUUUGUAACCGAUAAAUACUAGACGAUUGAUUAUUCUAUUUCCUUUUUAUUGUGCCAUUUGCUCCAUUGAUUGCAAUCCGCUACAAAACAUCGCAAAUUGAGCUGCGAGUGAUAGCUUUCACUUGGGGGGUGGGGUGGGAUUGGAUUAUCAGGGGCGGUCCGGAUGAGUUCGGAACAGUGUCUGGCGCUACAGCAGAAGGAGGUCAAAUCGGGAUCGGACGAACGUGUGCAAGGGGAGAUAAUAUCGAAAGAUCAAGGCGGAAUGGUAACCACAAAGGGAGCAGGUCUGAACCCCAAUGCCAAAGUCUGGCAGGAAAUCUCUGCGCCCCAGAGCCAAGUCCCAGAUGAGGGCAUAGAGGGUCCCUACUUGCUCCAGAUGACCCCUAACUCUGCUGAUGUCACUGAGGGUUACUCAGAGGUCCCUCCUACUGAGGCUAAGGGGUAUGUCAUGGGGUACUCGGACCCCUCCUUGGACAGCAGUGCCCCUGCACCCACAGAGGGGGUAGUGAAUGGCAUGGACACCCCUGAGCUGGGAUACCCUCUCUAUGACCCUGUGACUGGUUCAGCAGUGGAGGAAAAGCAGCCUCUCUUAGAGGUGAGCAUCAGAGAGUGUCUGAAGAAACAGCUGGAGUUCUGCUUCUCCAGAGAGAAUCUGUCCAAGGACUUAUACCUGAUGUCCCAGAUGGACAGUGACCAGUUUGUCCCCAUCUGGACCAUCGCCAGCAUGGAGGGCGUCAAGGUCCUCACCACUGACAUGGACCUGAUUCUGGAGGUGCUACGAGCCUCGCCCAUGGUGCAAGUAGACGAGAGUGGGAAAAAGGUUCGGCCCAACCACAAGCGCUGCAUCAUCAUUCUGAGGGAGGUGCCCGAGACCACACCGGUGGAGGAAGUGGAGACCCUCUUUAAGAAUGAAAACUGCCCUGAAGUGCUUAGUGUUGAAUUUGCGGCCAAUAACAACUGGUACAUCACGUUCCGGUCGGACACUGAUGCACAGCAGGCCCACAGAUAUCUAAGGGAAGAAGUGAAAACAUUUCAGGGAAAACCCAUCAUGGCCCGUAUCAAGGCCAUCAACACAUUCUUUGCAAAGAAUGGCUACCGUAGCGUACUGGACUCCAGUGUGUACAGCCAGCAGGGCCAGUCUCAGUCCCAGUACACCUCUACACACCACUACAUGCAGCAGGUGUUCAGCCCCCAGCAGCAGUACCCUCUCUACCCCCUGGUGCCCCCCACCUGGAACCCAUCGCCUGCUCCUUAUUUCGAGACCCCACUGGCCCCGUUCCCCAACAGUGGCUUUGUGAAUGGCUUCAGCACCCCUGGGAACUACAAGACUGGCACUUGUCCCCUGGGCCUCGGACGAUCGCCCUUCAACAGCAACCGUGUCCCCCUCUAUUCCAGAAAGAAUGUAAUCAAUGCCUUCAGGAACCAUGUGAAGAGCCAGCCCCAGCCAUGUGAUGAAACCCUACCUCCAUCUGUGACCCCUGUACCCCCCCUGGUGGAUGGCCCAUCUGGCCCCUCCAGCCCUCAGCCACCCCGCAUGACUGGGGCUCCCCUGGUUAGCACCCCUGAACCUGGCCCUGCUCUCACCUCUUACUGCCUCAGGGACACCCUCCCACUGGCUUCAGAGGGGAUGUCUAACGGAGACCUGGGAAUUGCUGGCAGAAGCAGGAGAGGCAGCUACCGAGGGAUGCGCAGAAGGAGAGAGGACGAGCGGCUCAUGAAGCCCAUCCCUCUGAGCGAGGUUAAGGUUCCACAGCCCAAGUUUGACUUGGCAACCUCCAACUUCCCUCCGUUGCCUGGGUGUACGGUCAGCAUGCAGGGAGAAGAGCCCGUGCUGGAGACGCGCAUGUCUGACGUGGUGCGGGGUGUUAAGGUGGUGACCAGUGACAAACCUGAGGUGAAUAAGGAGUCUGUGGCCCCUCCUGUUUGUACACAGGAGGGAACUGGGAGCACGCCCAAUCCUGUCAUGCCAGCCCUCAAACCCCCCACCCCUCUAGUUGUGCAGCCCCCUGUUCCAAGUGUUGCUCACCCGGUAGAGAAGCCUGAGCCUCAUGUCCAAAGGGAGGCUGCUAGAACCCCCACACCACCCUCUUCUUUGCCAACCCCAUCACAGCCCGCUGCUGCUACCAAACCCACCCCUAUCCCCACCAGCAGUCAGUCCAUCUCCACGACAACACCAGUCCCCGCUGCCCCCACUACCGCACCGGAGCCAAGGAAGCUGAGCUAUGCUGAGAUGUGCAAGCGGCCAGCCACCCAGCUCCCAGCCCCCAGCACCUCCCCCAACCCUCCCAUCACCUCUGCCAGCCAACCCCUGCAGGAGCUUCGGGUCAACAAGGCCGACGAGCCUGCCGCCUCCAGCAGCAGCAAUGGCGAUAGGCCAGAGAAACCUGAGGGGUCUGGAGAAGGCCUGCCCCUUCGUGACUCCCUGGGCACAUACCGUUCGGGUAACGGCCCUGCCCGAUCCAGAGGGAUGGGCCUAAAGUACCGGGAUCAGCAGCGUGGUGCCUCUAUGAGACGACGGAUCUCCCCCCACGGCUGGGCUAGAGGGAGUGGGAAGGAACAGAACAUUCCACCCCGGUCGCCGAAGUAGUUUAAACCAUAACCAACAGACUAACAGGAAAACGAACAUCUAUAUAUGUUAAGACAGAAAUAUAUGAAUAUAUAUUAUUGGAUGAAGGAACAUGUGCGUUCUUAAUCUAGAAGACCCUCCUGGAGCUCAGUCGGACACACACUGACCUUUGUUUGGGAAAACACUGAAAGCGGUAAUCAUUUUAAGUGGGGGUGAACAUGAGUGUCACAAAACACAAACUGAAGGACUUGUUUGAAAGAACAGUGAGAUGCUGACAUGUGGCCUCACCUUGGUUAGCUUGAAGAAUGGGCCCUCUGCUAAAUCAAUGAAUUUUAUUUUUUAUGUGAAAGUGGAGUUUGAGAGAGGGGGGACAAAUGUAUGGUAAGUAAAGCCUUGUAUCUCAAAAAUACCAGUAGUUGCAAAAUAAGAAACAACAGUUGAGCUGUUAGCAAAUCUAGUUUAUAUGCAACAAAGCAAAAGAUGUGGAUAUCCACCAAUUAUAUUGAGGGAGGGGUGAGUAGGGUAUUGGUCAUUAACUGUGUGGAAAUGUGCUUUUAUGAAGGUUGGAAGCAAGAGAUGGCCACAUGGUUCAGUUGUUCUGAAAGUUGGGAGGCCUGUCAAGUCAAGCUGCACAUUCAUUUAGGUGAAGAAACCGUCUUCAAAUUUAAAAGUUUUAAUCAGUGGGGAAAUGUGAAUUAAAAUUGAUGCAUUUCUUUUCAUGGUUGACGGAAAAUGUUGGUACACCCUUGCAUAAGUACAACAUUGAAAACUUUACAAUCGUGCAUGAAUACUUGAAACAGUGCAAAUUUGGGGUAGUGUUUGUACAGUCAGACUGAUGUAACUGAAUUGUUAUAUUUUUAUCUUCAUUUACUCUUUCUUCCAUACAGAUGGUUAAAUGUUUGGCUGUGUAUGUCAUGUGUAAAGGCUCAUAGAGGGAGUAGUCUUCCCUUAGUUUAGGCAUUCAGUUAUUGAGACACUCACAUCCUAGACACUAAUGGUGUAUGUAACUGGCUGGCUUUUCAUGAAUUCUGCAGUGUUGUACAUAGCCAUUUAAGAAGAGCAGUUUAAAAAAAAAUGUGACUUGCGUAGAAGCUGUACCUAUUGUAUUAAUCGUUACAAUUGUAUUUCCCAACCUAUGUGGUCAAAUGCAGGUUCAGCAUUGAUAUAUACUUUUAUUUUAUGUCUUGAAAGUCAAAUGGAAACCCUUCCACCCCUGAUGUCUGUUCAGUUCAACAUGUUCUAUUACCAUAUCUGCAACAGCCUCCCGGGUAAUCUUUCAUGCAUUUUGGUUAGUUGUAUCGUGUAGAGUAGGCUAGAUGGUAUUUCAGAGUAGUAAUGGCAGAUUUAGUGCAAUGGUAUCCCAAGCAUGAAACUGGUCUCUGGAAUUCGAUGUAUUCCAACUUGCUCAUUUAAAACGGCAAAAAUAGGCCUGAAUUCUGAAGCAAGUGCACACAAUUCUCAUAAGGCCGUGUCUAGACUUGAUAGUUAAUUCUGUUUUAGUAUUCUGAUCAUAGUCCUAAUCAUGGAUUUCCGAACGCGUCAUGCAUCUACGUGUAAAAUGUCUGGUGUCCAGUAUGCCCUUUUCCCGCGCUAUAUUAAAAUGCUAGUAUGCGUUCUACGAACGGUGGAAUAGGUAAAGUAUGACAACACAAUUGAUGGCUGUAGCAACAAAGUAACGCGAAGGGGAUUGCAAACGGGUUAACGACACUAGCCAAACAUUGUUUUCCAAAAUAUUAGCUAGCUGGCUAGCAUUUGAGUCCAGAAAACACGUUCCUUGCGUUUGAGGAACGUAUUUCCUCAAGUUAAAUUGAAAUGGUGCCUCCGUCCCAAAACAAGUUUUCAGGAGACGUUUGGGUGGAGGGCUAAUGACGUCGAUCACUGUAUGCGCUUUCGGUAGGCUGAUUGCAUCAGGAUUAGAUGGUUAUUUUUCCUCGUGCAUUUAAUGUUUUGAUUUUCUCUUAGAUUUGAAUAUUUGAAUGCAUAUCCAAUUAUGUUUGAGGUCUGUACAUGUCCAUUGAUUGCUAAAAGGAAACUUGAGAGCAUUUGUCGUUCACAUGUCACUUAUUUGUAUUUUAUUUUGUAAAACAUUUUAGGAACUCAGGUGGUCUCAAUGUACUGUUUAGAGUUAGAAUAGUGAUUACAAAAGGUACAAUUUAGACAUUUGGUUGGGCAUAAUCAGUUUUCCCCUUGUCAGUCACUCUUAGCCAUGUCAGCAAAUAUAUAUAUAUAUAUAUGUAUGUAUGCCAUUUAGCAGACGCUUAAGCGACUUACAGUCAUGUGUGCAUACAUUCUACGUAUGGGUGGUCCCGGGGAUCGAACCCACUACCCUGGCGUUACAAGCGCCAUGCUCUACCAACUGAAAUAGCCUGCUAGACUAAUUUACCAAUCUAUCUAAACUUGUAUUAGCGCUGACGAAACCCACCAGGCAUGCAGGGCACUGAUUUUGUUAAUCACUCUCACUUGGAUCUCAUGUUAACAUGGCAUAAGUCAUUGCACAAUGCAGAAUUAGUCUAGCAGGAAAUUGGCUUUAACACUGCACAGAUUCCUCUCCAUCCCAUGGCAGUACAUGUUUUAUACGUUUGUAAAACUCUCUCUGCCCCAAAGCAAAAGGUGUAUAAUUUAGGAAAUGUAACUUUAAAACUAAGUUAUUUCUCUCGGCUGUCAAGAGGGGGUGCAUCAUUCUCACCUAACCAAAUUAUGCUUAGGGGCCCCAAAAGGGUGCAUCUUUUCAUGAGUGUGGGUCCCAGGAAAACAUGAUCUAAGUUGGGUCCCAGGCUGAAAAACUUUAAGAACCCCUGCUUUAGAGUGAUUUCUUCAAAUAUAAAUGUUAGAGUUUACUAGAUUUGGUGGGCAUCAAUCUUAAUAUCUGUUCUCUCUAUGCUCUUAACUCAUAAUUCAUCCUUUUGUGUGUGAAUGGAUUGAACAUCUGGACCAAAGUCAAGCAAGCAAAAAAUACAAUUUUGGGAACUUGCUCAAAUCUGUGUGGGAAGUGGCGAUCAAAUGUUGCUGAAAUGGCAUUUGCCAGUCAUGGCUUGAUGAAUGUAGUCCUGUUUGAGAGAAGCCACUUCAUAAGUGGUCUGAAUGUCCUUGUACCGAUUUUGCGCCUAGCAGGCUAGUCUUUAGUCUGGUUUGUGUUAGCUGACUGUUGCAAUUUUAUUUUUUCUCUUUCUGGUCUGCUGAACACAUUUAGAUUAAAUGUUUUGAGAGUUCUGCAGUUUGACAUGUUUAAAUGUAACUAAUGUACCUCCUUUUUUUUUGUGGCUUUUUUCCCACCCUAAAAUGUUUGAUGUAAUAGUUGAGUAUUCAAUGUCUGAUUUGAGACUUGGCUAAAGUGAGAAUUCAGUGCAUUGCCUGGGUGCUUGCAGUGCAGUAACAUGUAAUCACUGGGCCUGUACUGAUUUUUAUAUUUUACAUCCAUUUAAUGGCUAAACUACAAGCAGGUAGUGGUGUGGAAUGAAGUGCACUAACUUUUGUUUUAAAAUAUCCCAUGUUGUGUAAAAUCAUUUUAGAUGUCUAAAGAAAAGGUGUUUUUAGCAGUCUUCCUGAAGUUAUUACAGGAGUAGGGGUUUAUUUCUAUUCUAUUUUACUGUUGAUUGUUCUAGCAUUUCUCUACUGGGACAUGUGUUUUUUAGGGGAUGCAGGUGGGACAUAGUAACAGAAGUGGGGUGUGAGACACUGAAUUACUGAUUUUAGUAGAGGUCUGAUCAAAAGUUAAAAUAAAGUACAUGUUUUGGCCUUUCUGAAUGUUUCUGGGUCCUGUGCUUGCAAUGAUUUUUGCUGUCUGUGUAUUUUAAAUGUUUGUGCCAUGCUCAGUAGUUCUGUGGUUUUGUACCAGAUGUCUGUAUUAAGAUGUUUCAGGGUGCUUGUAUGCCUCUUCACCAGUCCUACUUUUACUGUCCCCUUCAUGUCCCCCAAAAAUAUUUUUCAGGCCUAACUAAAAUUCCAGUGCCUUCUCCAGUGUUGAGGUUUUCCUUCUCUGCAAAGUAAAAGUAACAUGAACACUUUAAUUUGGAACACGGCAGGUUUUGUUGGUUUAGUGGACAGACAAAAAUACAUGGCUCACACUCAGAAUUUAUACAUUAAACUUUUGUGUGUAGGCUGUGUCACAAAUAAAUGUAUGCGCCUUGCAUGACAAUGCUGAAAUUGUACUACGCUGCUUCAACAUAACAGCUCUUUUGAAAACCAGUGAAGAGGUGAAGCAAGUCGGUUGGUGUGAGCAGGAAUAUAUAUACAUACUGGUUUACUGUCGUGAAUGUAUCAUUGCAAACAUGUAUGAGAAUAAACAUUUUAAACACCAUUGUAUUUACUGAA